UACACGCAACCAGUUCUUACCAAGUACAUAUAAACAAUUUUUUAAAUUAAUUAAAAUACUUCAUCAUAAUCAUUAUCAGCGUAUUAAGGCCUACUAGCUAGGUGAUAUGGAGUUUAGACCCACCAAGCUGAAAUAUAUUAACAAGUGCUAUUUAGAGCAGGCCAUCGGAUGUGUGAAUCGUAUAAAAGCUCCUCGUCUAAUUCAUUGAUAUCAUUCUACAGGAUCCUCUGACAUUAGAAGCAAUGGCAGCCAAGUUCGUCGUAGUUCUUGCCCUGGUGGCCGUGGCUCACAGUUCAGUGGUGCCAGUCGUAAAGGUAGACGACGAAGCAACCAGCUUCUCAUACGACGUGGCUGACCCUCUCACUGGUGACUACAAGAGUCAAUCUGAAACCCGUGUAGGAGGAGUAGUCAGGGGACAGUACUCCUUGGUCGACCCCGAUGGCACCAAGCGUAUAGUCGACUACACCGCUGAUGACGUCAAUGGAUUCAACGCUGUAGUGCGCAAAGACCCGCUGGUCGCCAAGGUUGUGGCCCCCGUUGUUGCGUCCCGCACCGUCGUGUCCCCAGUGGCCCCCGUCGUAUCUGCCCCCGCUGUGUACUCUCGCUCAUACGUCGCCCCCUCGGUGUACAGCGACGUGCCCUCAGUGUACUCCAAUGUAUACCCCGGAUACUCCGGUUAUUCUUCUGUGUACCCCGCCUAUUCCGGUUACUCCGCCUACCCCACCGCUCGUCUUGGUUAUUGGUAAACGAAAUGAUGUUUAGCUAAUUGUUGUGUAGAUAUUGUGUACAUAAAACAUGUUAUUUUAAUUGUACAUAACUAUUGUAAAUUGAAAUUAAAUAAACCAGUGAGUCAAUAGAUA